GUACUCUACGUUUUAGAGGAAUACAUGUGGUAUCGAAAGUGAGACUCCAAAUCAUGUUCUUUUCACAUGUUCACAUGUUCUGUGGCCAGACAGAUGAGCAAAAAUAUUAGGAUUCCCUUGGAGAUAAGAAGAAGCUAUCCAUGGACUCUUUGGCUUAUUUGGAAGAACAGAAACAAAUUUUUGUUUGAAGGCUGUGAGAGUUCAGCUGUAGAUAUCGUUGACAGGGUGCUUGAGGAUGCUUCAGUGUGGUUUCUUGCGCAACAACUUGACAGAGAAGGUGAAACUGUGGACCUCACGUUGCGUAAGGGUCAAGGAAAAAAGUGGAUGAAACCUCCAGAUAAAUGGGUUAAAUGCAACUUUGGAGUUCAUUGGGAUACAAAUUCUCUGAUUACAGGUGCUUCUUGGAUUGUCAGAGAUAAAGAUGGAGAAACUAUUAUGCAUAGCAGAAGAUCUUUCGCUAACAUCUCCAAUCUUAAAGAGGCUAAGUUUAUAGCUCUGUGUUGGACUUUGGAGAGCAUGGCUUCCCACCGUUUUGACAAUGUGAUAUUUGCAGGAGAGGAAGCGGUUCUUCUCAAUGUUAUUGAUCGUCCGAUGGUCUGGCCUUCUUUUAAAUUUGAAUUUCAAAUACUGCAGAGAGCUUUGAGGAUGAUCAAACAGAUGGAAAGUUAAAGUUGAAUUGCGUUGCACAAACAGAUGCGCUUUUCUCAUUGCUAGAAGUGCUUCUUUACCUCACUGGGCGCAAUCGUAUGUUGCUAGGAGUUCUCCUCUUUGGUUAGCUUCUACUCUGGCUGAUGAGAAAAUCUGAUCAUCUUUUUGGUUUUUUGUUCUUCCGAACUAACAGGAAGUUGUAAUAUUUGAAUCUCUGUACGAGAUUGGCGUUGUAAUUAUGGGUUGUUGGGAUGUUUGUGGAAAAA